AUGCAUCGCCGAAGGUUCUUGCUUGCAGCCUGCACAGUGCUCAGUUCCAGCCAGCUGGCGAGCGUGAGGACUGCGCAACCUGUGAAAGCCUCCGCCUGGGCCUGGAGCUGGUGGAAGUCCAUUGGGAGCCCCAGAUGGGUUUGCUCACCGAUGGUCGACCAGUCUGAAAGAGCCUUCCGAAUCCUUUGCAGAAGAUACGGGGUCCAGCUGGCAUACACGCCAAUGCUGCAUGCUGAACCAUUCACUACAGACGACGUGUACCGAAGGACAUACUUUGAUGCGUGGGAACCAGCAGCCCUAGGAAUUGCGAAAGAUGUGGACCGGCCGCUCAUUGCACAGCUUGGCGGGGACGAUCCGCACACUUUGCUCCGUGCAGCUCGCAUUUUGGAGCCUCAUGUCGAUGCGGUGGACAUCAACUUCGGCUGUCCGACAGAAGAUGCGCGCAGGGGUGGUCACCAAGCUCAUUCACCUCGCUGCCGUAGAUACGGAGCGUAUUUGCUACGCGAUUCUCAGCUUGUGGUCAGAAUCGUGAAGACGGUUGCAGCGGGACUCCGGAGGAUCCCCGUCACGGCAAAGAUCCGGCUUCUGCAAAGUCGUGAGGCGACUCUGCAGCUAGCGAUGGCAAUCGAGCAAGCAGGGGCCGCCGCUCUUUGUGUGCAUGGCAGAACGAUAACACAACGCCCAAAAUAUGCAGAGCGAGACGGUUUGCGGGAAGCAAGUUUGGCGCCCAAUUGGGAAGCCAUUGCUGCUGUGCGGAGCUCUGUCGGCAUUCCUGUGAUUGCCAACGGAGGCAUCGAGACCAAGCACGAUGCAGCUGAAUGCUUGAAGCAUACAGGAGCAGCGGCGGUGAUGUCGGCAGAAGCUUUGUUAGAGGAUCCUGCACUUUUCGACGACUCUGCAGAGACUGUGCAGGAUCGGAACGCCGACGUUGCCAGGAUGCUGCGACUUGGGCGAGAGUUCCUCGAAUUGGCAGAGACCUUCAACUGCCCAUUGAAGUACCCUCCUACUAAGUCCGAACGCUAG